GUUGCAUCGACGACGACGAGGGGAGACACGCGAGCGAUCGCGCGCGCCUGCGACCGCCUCUGCCUGUCUCUCUCGCGAUUUACGCUGCAGUUUCAUAUCCCUGUACUUUAUCGUUACUAUUACCAUUGUUAUUUCAAUUAUUAUUAUCAUUACUGUGCGUCCGAUCGUUAUCGUGUCAUCGUCACAGGACAGUAUAUUACCAGCAACGGGGGGCUCUCUCCUUGCGAGACCCACCAAUCGUUUUCUACCUCGCGACAAUCGUGACAGUAGUGACGCAUCGAUAACAAUAUCAGGGAAAAGAACGCCGGACGGUUACACGAGAGAUGCAGCUAUAGCGGCUCUCGCCAAACUAUGUGACGUGUGUUGUUGUGAUGUAUAGAGUGUACAGUGCCGUGGUGAUUUGUUUUUUUUUGUAUACACUGAUGAGGAAAUAAUUAUUAUAAUAAUAAUACAACUGAUAGCAAAUAUACAAACACGCAAAGCAGCGCUUCGCGAGUGACGAUAAGAAAAGAGCGACUCGCUAGCAGUACACCGAACACUAGCCAGUCAAGAUAGUCGUGUUGCUUUUUGUUUUACUACGAAUAAAUAUUAACUGCUACCACCACACCUAGUAUUAAUAAAAACGUAAUCGUUAACCGUCAUCAAUGAAUUAAGUGUGUGCGUGUGUCUGUGUUUGCAAUAAAAUAACUUGACGAACUGGUGCUCUAGUGGGUGACCGACGAGGAUAAGAAGUUCGGAAGGACAAAAUAACAUAGACCCAAUGCAACUAUAGAUAAGCAACGGGAGGAGCUUAGAGGGCCACCAUCAGUCAGCGGCUCUCUCACUGGGGCAGCCAUAUCGUCCGACGACGAGCAGCCAGAAGUAGGAGCAGCGUAUAGAAGGAGGAGCCAGCCUCCCCUCCGAUUGAUCCCCUGGACCGAGUGUACGCGCUUCGGUGCGGGCCCCCAGCCACGAAAAUUCUCGACUACAUAAUGGACAUGAGCAGCGAAUCGAGCGCGGCCCGCUGGUACGAGCCGCCGAGGAGCCUAGAGCCGGGCUCGGCGGGCGCCACCGGGGCCGGCAACAACCCGGCCGGCGUCGUAGGCAAUCCCGGCGACUAUCGCGGCUAUUACACCCACGCCACCCCCAGCCACCAUCCGGCCGCCGCGGCUGCUGCCCACUACGCCCACAGCAGGAUGUCGAGCGGCGGUAUGACGGGAGGGCCGAUCAGCCAGGUCUGCCGGCCGCACUUUGCCCCGUCGUUGCACCCGUGGGGCCCCUUCCCGACGACCUCGGCCUCGACGAACGGCUCGAGCGAGGACAAGCCCCACAGCCCCCUCGGCACGGGCAUGGGGGGCACGGCCGGCACCCUCGUGGGCCACGCGGCCGGAGCCACGGGACACCCCUUCCCGUUUCCGCCGACGCCGCCCAAGGACGCCACCCCCGACAGCAUAACCACGAGCUCGAGCACGACCAACGGCACAGGGAGCACCGCCAACACCGCCCAGCAACAACUCGGCCAACUCGGGGCAAGCAGCGAGUACCAGGCGGCCGUGGCCCACGCGGCGGUCAUGGGCGCCUUCAUGCACCACCAAGACGCCCUCGCUGGCUCCUGCGACGUCAAGCCCUCGGUCAUGCUCGGCCACCACCAACAACAGCAGCAGCAACAACAACAACAACAGCAGCAACAACAACAACAGCAACAACAACAGCAGCAGCAGCAUCAACAGCACGGGGCUCCGUCGCCGCCCCAUCAGCAGCAGCAGCAGGGUGGCCAAGUGAAGCAGCGCGAAGGUAAUCAGCAGUCGAGUCAAGGGUCCGCGAGUCAGCAGGAUUACCAGAGCAGUCAGCAGCAACAGCAGCCCAACUCGCCCUCGUGUCGGGAGAGCGGGGGUGCGUACGGCUCCCACGCCGUAUCCCAGUACGAUCCCGCGGCUACGGCCUACAACAUGUACCAGCACCUCCAGUAUCCCAGCCACCAUUCCCACAACCAUCCGCACAACGGGCCCGCGUCCCUAUUCUCCUCGGCGGCCAAUCACCAUGCCGCGGCCGCUGCAGCUGCUGCCGCGGCGGCGGCGGCUGCCGGCUCGGUCGUGCCCGGGCUCUCGGCCGCCGACUCUAAGGUGCUCUUAGGCGGCCACGUGGCCCAGAGCACGCCCACCUCGCCGGGCUCGCAGCAACAACACCAACAACAACAACAGCACCAACAACAGCAGCAGCAACAAAAACCGAGGAACAAGUCCAGGACGUCCGCCGAGGGUCGCGAGUGCGUCAACUGCGGAGCGACGUCGACGCCCCUGUGGCGACGAGACGGGACCGGGCACUACCUCUGCAACGCCUGCGGACUCUACUACAAGAUGAACGGCCAGAACCGACCGCUCAUCAAGCCGAAGCGACGCCUUUCACUCCAGAGCGCGGCGAGGCGGGCCGGGACGAGCUGCGCGAACUGCAAGACGGCUACCACGACGCUUUGGCGGAGGAACCAGGCGGGUGAGCCGGUCUGCAACGCCUGCGGUCUCUACUACAAACUUCACAACGUUAACCGGCCGCUGACCAUGAAGAAGGAGGGCAUCCAGACGCGAAACAGGAAGCUCUCGUCCAAGAGUAAAAAGAAAAAGGCCGGCAGCUGCAUCGGCCUGGGCGGCGUCAUGAGUGACAUGAUCAAGGCCAGCGGGCACUUGGACAUCGACAACAAGCCCUUCCACUCGGGCUUCGGCUCACCGAUGGGCGAGUAUCGAGCGUCGCAGCACCACCACACGAUGCAUCCGGCGAUGCAGCACUACAUGUACCACACGGGGGUCGGGGUCGGGGUCACCGGAUCGCUUCAUCAGGGCUUUGCCCCGCCGGCGCCACCACCGAUCCACCCGCACUCGCAUUCCCACUCGCACUCGCAUCACAUGACGAGCCUCCAGGGCCUUCAGUUGGCCGCGACGACGAAUGCCAUGACGGGCUGGCGGUCCGAGUACACAUGAACGACCAGUGUCGUGCACUAAAGCAGCCGAGGACGAAGAAAGAGAGAAAGAAAGUUAAAAAAA